AUGGGGAGUAGUCCUAUUCUUCCUAAUAAAGAUCAUGAAUCAGAGAAAUUUUCAUGGCUUGUUCCACAGCUUGCCUGUUUGCCACCUCAUUUUGCUUGCAGCUUGCUUGUGGUGGAAAUUCCUGAACCUGUUUCAUCUCCCGAACUUGGUGGGUCUCUUGUAAACAAUAAACAAGAGGUUGGGGACAUGACAGAGAAUCCUGGGAAGAGCCUGAAGACCUAUUCGUAUAACAAGUACCACCCUAUGGAGGAGAUCUAUCAGUGGAUAAACCAGAUAAGUGAGGUCUACGUGGAUGUGGCAACUAAUCAUUUCCUAGGAAUGACCUACGAGAACCGGCCCAUGUAUUAUUUGAAGAUCAGUCAACCAUCUGGAAACACCAAGAAGAUCAUUUGGAUGGACUGUGGAAUUCAUGCCAGGGAAUGGAUUGCACCAGCUUUUUGCCAAUGGUUUGUGAAGGAAAUCUUACAAAACUAUAAAAGCAAUGCCCGGAUAAGUAGGCUCCUAAGAAAUCUGGACUUCUAUGUGCUUCCAGUUCUUAACAUUGAUGGUUAUAUCUACUCUUGGACAACGGAUCGGUUAUGGAGGAAAUCUCGAUCCUCUCAUAAGAAUGGCACAUGUUUUGGGACAGAUCUCAAUAGAAACUUCAAUGCAUCGUGGUGCAGCAUUGGAGCAUCUAAAGACUGCCAAAAUCUCACAUUCUGUGGGACAGGGCCAGUGUCUGAACCUGAAACAAAGGCUCUUUCCAGUUUUAUAGAGGCCAAUAAGAAGAGCAUCGUGUGCUACCUGACCAUACACUCUUAUGGACAGCUCAUUCUCCUGCCCUAUGGUUACACCAAAAAUAAACCAAUUAACUACGAUGAAAUGCUCCAAGUUGGAAAGAAGGCAGCAAAUGCAUUGAAAGCAAAGCAUGGAACCAAUUAUAAAGUUGGAUCAAGUGCAGAUAUUUUAUAUGCCACAUCAGGAUCUUCAAGAGACUGGGCUCUGGACAUUGGAAUCCCCUUCUCAUACACUUUUGAGCUCAGGGAUAAUGGGACACAUCAAUUUAUACUGCCAGAGGAUCAGAUUGAGGCCACCUGUGAGGAGACCAUGGAGGCCAUGCUCUCCAUUCUGGAUGAUGUAGACAAGAAAUAUUCUAACAGUGCUGGGAAGGUGACAGCCACCACAGUGGCCCUGAGCCUACUCCUGACUGCCUUUUAUUCUCUUUGA